GUGGGCGGGAGAGGAAGGGGCUGGUGAUGCUGGAACAAACAUGGCUGCCUCGGUGCUCUUCUGCUCCUCGGGCUUUCGCUGUUCUCCGCUAGCCGCGAGCCUCCGGCUGCUCCGGCUGCUGGGUCUACUGCAGCUGCUGGCCGAGCCUGGCCUGGGCCGCGUUCACCACUUGGCGCUUAAGGAUGAUGUGCGGCAUAAGGUUCAUCUGAACACUUUUGGAUUCUUCAAGCAUGGGUACAUGGUGGUUAAUGUCACUAGCCUCUCAGUAAAUAAGCCUGAAGGAGCCACAGACAAGGAUCCAACUAUUGGAUUCAGCCUAGACCGUACAAAGAAUGAUGGAUUUUCUUCUUAUUUGGAUGAAGAUGUCAAUUACUGUAUUUUAAGGAAACAAUCUGUUUCUGUCACUCUUCUAAUCUUAAAUAUCUCCAGAAGAGAAGUAAGAGUAAAGUCUCCACCAGAAGCUGGUACCCAGUUACCAAAGAUUGUCUUCAGCAAGGAUGAGAAAGUCCUUGAUCAGAGCCAGGAGCCUAGUGGUAACCCUGUUUCAGCAGGCAACCAGACUCAGAAAAAUGAAGACAGUGGAAAGUCUAAAAGAAGUACAGUGAAUUCAAAGCCAAUGGGAGAGAAAUCCUUUUCUGUUCACAAUAAUGAUGGGGCAGUUUCAUUUCAGUUUUUCUUUAACAUCAGCACCGAUGACCAAGAAGGCCUCUACAGUCUUUACUUUCAUAAAUGCCGUGGAAAUGAAACGCAGUCUAGUGACAAGGUUUCAUUCAGCCUUGAUAUUGAGAUUACAGAGAAGAAUCCUGACAGUUACCUCUCAGCAGGAGAAAUUCCUCUCCCCAAAUUAUACAUUUCGAUGGCCUUUUUCUUCUUCCUUUCUGGGACCAUCUGGAUUCACAUUCUUCGAAAACGACGGAAUGAUGUAUUUAAAAUUCACUGGUUGAUGGCGGCCCUUCCUUUCACCAAGUCUCUUUCGUUGGUAUUCCAUGCAAUCGACUAUCACUACAUCUCCUCCCAGGGCUUUCCGAUUGAAGGUUGGGCCGUUGUGUACUAUAUCACUCACCUUUUGAAGGGGGCACUUCUCUUCAUCACCAUUGCACUCAUUGGCACUGGCUGGGCUUUCAUUAAGCACAUUCUUUCCGAUAAAGACAAAAAGAUCUUCAUGAUUGUCAUCCCACUCCAGGUCCUGGCAAACGUGGCCUAUAUCAUCAUAGAGUCCACUGAGGAGGGGACAACUGAGUAUGGCUUGUGGAAGGAUUCUCUGUUUCUGGUUGACCUGCUGUGCUGUGGAGCCAUCCUCUUCCCAGUGGUGUGGUCAAUCAGACAUUUACAAGAAGCAUCAGCGACAGAUGGAAAAGCUGCUAUUAAUUUAGCAAAGCUGAAACUUUUCAGACAUUAUUACGUCUUGAUUGUAUGUUACAUAUACUUCACAAGGAUCAUUGCAUUUCUCCUCAAACUUGCUGUUCCGUUCCAGUGGAAGUGGCUCUACCAGCUCCUGGAUGAAAUGGCCACGCUGGUAUUCUUUGUUUUAACUGGGUAUAAAUUCCGUCCAGCUUCAGAUAAUCCCUACCUACAACUUUCUCAGGAAGAAGAUGAUUUGGAAAUGGAAUCUGUAGUGACGACAUCAGGGGUGAUGGAGAACAUGAAGAAAGUCAAGAAGGUGACCAAUGGCUCCAUAGAGCCUCAGGGCGAUUGGGAAGGCACCGCGUGAGGAGCCAGCUUUGAGAAUGGCACUGUCAAAGAAAACUUUUAAUUUAUUAAUAGUCCUAUUGGUGAGCAAGAGCAGUUGGCACCUCCCAGAGCGCGUGACUGGGAGCAAAGUGCCACGGAAACCUAAUUUUUUCCUCUCUUUUAUGGAAACUGGAUCUGUGGCUGGUUUAUAGGCAGCUAGAUUCUUCAGAUGGGCAUGGUGGUGAAGGGAAUGUAGAAAAGAAGAGGAGGAUAAAAGGAAGAACCUGUUUUUAAUUUUUAUCUUUCUUUUUUUUUUUUUUAGUUGGGAGGUCUUAAGGUAUAUGCACUUGUGACCCUGAGUGUGUUGCAGGAAUGUUGGUGAUCACAGGGGUUGCGGGAAGGGAGGGCAUGAGGGGUGUGUGUGAUGUCAGUCAUGGUAUAGGGCGGGGCUUUAGAAGUGAGCAGAUGUCAAGCAAAGGACACAGGGACUUAGAAAGAGGGAACAAAAAUGAAUGAAAUUAGAUUAUUUUAGAUAGCAGAGUUAGGAAUUACCUUGGUCAAAAUCCAAUUUAGUAUAUAGAACUUGUCCCCAGGAUCCUGGCCCUGGAUGUUGCCCCAGACUUUUAUCGCAGAUUCUGAAAGUGACCAGGAACCAACAGCUUUAGAGGCCCAGUGGUCAUCUUUCCAGGAAGGGCUCUGUCAUCUUCAGGCAGUAAUGUCACUGUUAGGGCUAUAGGUCUGGGACACAGCCCAGUUGGUGGGAAUUAGUUUUCUUGAUUGAGAUGUAUUCUGUGUUGCCUGAUGGAUGGAAAGAAGUGUACUUUUAAGCUCAAAAAGCACUCCCCUGUAAGAUUUCUCCAAACACCUGGUUUUCCUGACUGUACAGGGCAGCACUGUCUCUUGUUUCCCUCUUCUCUUGUGGCUUAUGUGUCUUGUGUGAUCAGAGUAUGGAAAAAAAUGGGAAGGAAUUUUGCCUAACGAGCAGCUGGGAGCAGAAAGGGUGUUUAAGCAGAUUCUUAAAUGUAAGCAAGUCAUCAUCAUUAAAAAGCUUUUCCUAUAAGCUAAAUAGGAUUUCUAAAUAGAGGAAUUAAACAGACAUGGUUUCUAUAUUACAGAAUUAUGUAUGUGAAGACAAUGAGUGUGAUUAACAAGAGAUUUACUCUCAGGGAUUUUUAGGUUCCCUUCCAAACUUUCAGAGCAUGGGGAUGAAUGUGGAUAGUCGUCUAAAGUGAACAGUAUUACAACCCCUAGAUAGUUAUUUGAAUAAUGGGGCAAGGUCAGAGGGUCUGUUGAGACAGAAGGCUCACCAGUGCUUGGUGAUAGGAGACCAAAAUGUGGCCCUGUCAGGAACGCUUAAUGCUUGGGGUGCCAGCUCAGCGGGGUUACUUCAAGUGUCCGGGUGUGUCAGAAGCUAGAACCCACCCUUGCCUGGGAUUGUCAGUGAGCCACACUUGUAGGGGACAGGAGCCACCUGGGGAGUGGACAGUGACAGUCUCUGGGACUUACUUUUCUUACCUCCAGGUUAGAAGGGUCAGUCAAACAACAGGGUUUAGGGACGGCGAUCACUCUUCUAGAUUUGGGAACCUGAAAAGUCUGCUCCAAAAACAGGUGUUUUGCUUCUCCUGUGCCAUUUUCACUUCCUAAGUGACCGAUGAGGAAGCAAGUAUUCUCUUCAUGCACUUUUAUUAGCCGUCUGUGCUCUGUCCAGCCCAACCUUCAGUCUCAGUUUGACUAAGCACAGAUAAGCACCUUCCAAAGCCAUGCUGGUCGCCUCUCCGCAGGUAUUUUAGAAAAGGUUCAUCUGUUUUUUUCAUCUUCAGGAGAAGGGUAAAUGAUAAUUUACCCCAAGUAUUAAUUUAAAGGGUCUUUCUUUUCUUUUUUUCUUUUAAAUUAACUUGGAGAGCUUUGUCACUUCAGAAAUGUGUCUCAUGCUGUGGCCACCA